AUGGCAUCGCCAUAUGCGAAUGAUUCAGCGUGGAAACCUGACAUUGAUUUGUCAAAACCAAGAUAUGACCAAUCAACAUAUGUAGGUCGGGUUAGACAUUUCGUUGACAUUACUGACCCGAGGACUUUAUUUGUGACCCGUAAGGGUCUUGAACAGGCCAAGAACCUGAUCAACGACUAUAACGCUGGUUUAAUCCGUACUACGGAUCCAGAAAAACUAUGGAAAGCAAAAAAAAUUGUGAAUUCUACUAUUCACCCUGACACCGGAGAGCCUGUAUUUCUUCCAUUUCGCAUGUCAUGUUUUGUGCCCACCAAUCUUGUCGUAGUAGCUGGAAUGCUUACGCCUAAUCCAAGUAUCAAGUCAAUUAUAUUCUGGCAAUGGGCGAAUCAAAGCGUCAACGUAGCCAUAAAUUAUGCAAAUGCAAACAAAACCACGAAGAUGGAUUUUAAGGAGACUGCCACUGCUUAUCUUUCUGCGGUUACCGCAUCUUGUGGGAUAGCAGUUGGUCUCUCGCAGGCUGUCCCUCGAUUGAAAUCUCUUAGUCCUUCGAUGAAGCAAGUGCUGUCUAGACUUGUCCCGUUUGCUGCUGUUGCAGGCGCCGGGACAGUAAAUGUGUACUUGAUGAGAUGGAAAGAAAUCAAAGAUGGUAUCGAUGUAUAUGAUGAUGAUGGAAGGAAUUUGGGGAAGUCAAGUAAAGCUGGAGCAUCCGCUGUAAAGCAGGUUGCCAUCUCCCGCGUGUUAACAGCUUUUCCGGCGUUGACCAUACCUCCUUUGCUACUUUCGCGACUUGAGAAGACACGAUGGAUAAAGAGAAAUCCUAAAUUAAUUCUGCCAAUAAAUUUUGGCUUAAUUACUAUUUCACUUAUGACUGCCCUCCCGCUGGCAAUUGGUGCAUUUCCGCAGAGAGCGGAAGUAAAUCCGCUAGCAUUAGAAAGAAGGUUUUGGGACAUUCGAGAUGAGAAUGGACAUGUUAUAAAUAAAGUGUACUACAAUAAAGGAUUGUAA